UUGAGAUAUAAGAUUAAUACUGAUUUCCGGUACAAUAUCUAUCAAAUGUUUUAAAAUACUUUUCAGCGAAUACGAGUACAUUCAAAAUGAAAAAUAUUCAUCAAGUAACCACGCUCGUGUUUCUUUUCAUUCUCCACUUCUGAACAACAUGAUAUGCAAUAUAAAAUUGUGGUUUUUUGUUCUAUUUCUAACCAAAGAAAUAACUUCGAUACGAGCCUCGUAUUCGGCAUCUGAGAAAAGCGAUAUCACAAAAUAUUUGAAUUCAACUAUCCAUAAAAUAUUUCGAAGCGCUAAAGGCGUGGCUGUGACCUUUUUGUUGAAGAAAAUAACAAAUCUUCAGCCGAAGACUUACGAAUAUAAUUUGACUCGCAAAGUACAAGGGUUUCGAGAUCAGAUUAUUUUUCGUAAUGUUACGUUUCCAAGUUUGAGUUUUGGCAGUUGGUCGAGGUCAUCUAAUCGUAAAUAUAUCGAAUACGAUUUUCUCAACAAUAAAAUACAAAUAGGAUCGCUUCAUGUUUACAUCGAAUUCCACAGCGAUAUAUAUUCGGACAAGGAUACAUUUUACAGCAGUUUUCAAGAAGAGGCGACUUUUGACUAUCCAUCAAGUUGGCCCUGUUUCAUAAACGUGACAAAAUUACCAAAAACUAAUCUCGAAAAUAUAUUCCAAAUCGAUAUGCCAUUGCCCAAGUCGGCUGUGUUCAGAUAUAGCUCUAAUUACAAGCAAUAUGAGGCAGUGGUAGAGACGAAACAAUGAUCUGAUGGAAGAAAUCAAAUCCAAGCUUCCAUCGAUGAUGAUCGAAAAUAUGAAUCAUAAUGAAAAGCUGAUACGAGCUCUGAACAAAAGUUACGGUUUGCAUCCAAAAAGACAUCUCUUAGCAAAACGAAAAAAUUUCUCGCACAACGAAUAUCAAUAUCACUAUCGGAUACCGACAGCAAAAUAUUUCUGUUUCAAAUUGAUCAACAUCUCCAUCUCGGGAUUGUCAAACUUUCAAUCAUUGAAGCAACAUUAUUCCCCCGAUAUGAAACCCAUUCACACUUUGUGGAUUAAAGACAUCCGAGGAAAAGCGACUUUGGAUUACGGACGUGAACCGGAGUCUCCUUUGGAGCUGAAUUUCUACGCAGAUUAUCUCUCAAUAUCGAAGGAUAGGUUUACCGAAACUUAUUAUGGCAGAGGAUUCAAAGUAGCUGCACAUUGGGCUUCGGUCAGUCGUGCAAAAGAAGACAUUCCAUUGACCAUCGUUCAAUCAGAGUGUAUAUGGCGGAGUAUUGAAUCGGCCCUCGCCUUUUCGUUGAAGCCAGAAUCGAUAGUGGAUGAAAUGGAAACUCCACUGAAACAGAAGUGCGCUGAAAUACCAUCAUCAUGGAGCUGGGAAGACAUGAAGCAAUCGUACGACAAAUGGAUCCCAUUCAAUGAUGACUAGUCAAUUUCUUAACCCAAAAAAUUAAUGCCAAUUCUCUCGAAUCGAAUUUCAUCAUUUCUGGCUUUCCUGGAGAGCUUCCAGCGUGGAUUUUGAUUUCUCUAGAAUGACGUGGAAAUCCAUUUGGAUAGCAAUAAAUCAAGUAGUGGCUCAUUUUCGACCUACAUAACGGGUUUAUCCACAUUUAGCCCGAUUUUCAGGCGAACACUUCGAGUGCAUUUUUUGACAACGAUAUCUAGGUACUCAUUUAUAAGGAAGUAUUCAAAAAAUCAAACUGUUCUGUUCACAGGAAAAUUGAUGAAAUUAAUUGCACGAAUGGCUUUGACUCGUCUUAAACCAAUCCUCUAAAAUCUAAAUUUCACUGUUUCGGGACAUUCCGGAUCCUCCAGCACGGUUUUCGAUUUGUCCAUAAUUUUAAAAUUUCUCCAGAAGGUGUCAAAAUCAACUUGGGAAGCUAAACAUCGAGUUAUGGCUUACCUAUUUUCGUCCCAUAUUUGACGAUUUUAUCAAAACGUUUUCAAGAGAAUAAACACCCUAUUCAAAAUUUGAAGGAAGACUGGGAUAUAUUUAAAAGGAAAAAAUUUGCCUAAUCAAGUAAAUGAUCUCAUAUAUGUAUUUUGGUCCUUUGUGGAACAUUUGUCUUCGUAAUGAGCUUUUACUUUUUCUGAAACCGAUUUUUUUUUCUUUCAUGGUGUGCGACAACGAGAUAUUUCUCAAACGUUUCCGAACAUCUUACAUUUUGAAAAAAUAUCUUUCACAACAAAUCAGAGUUUUCCAAGAAACUAGUCUCUGCUGCACCUCAUUUACAUUAAUCGAUCGAUAAUUUACGAUACCAGAUUAAUACACUGAUUUCCGGUACAACGUCUAUCAAAUAUUUAAAUACUUUUCAGCGAAUAAGUAAGUACCUACAUCCAAUUCAAAAUAAAAAUUAUUCUUCAAGAAACCGCGCUAGUGUUUAUUUUCAUUCUGUACUUUUGAACAACAUGAAAUGCAACAUAAAAUUUUUGUUUUGUGUUUUAUUUCUAACGAAAGAAAUAACUUCGAUACGAGCCUCGUAUUCGACAUCUAAGAAAAGCGACAUCACAAAAUAUUUGAAUUCAACUAUCCAUAAAAUAUUUCGAAGUGCUAAAAGCGUGGCUUUGACUUGCUUGUUGAAGAAAAUACAAAAUCAUGAGCCGAAGACUUACGAAUAUAAUUUAACUCGCAAAGUACAAGGGUUUCGAGAUCAGAUUGUUUUUCGUAAUGUUACGUUUCCAAGUUUGUGGUCAGACGAACUGGCAACUAAAUACAUGGAAUACGAUUUUCUCAACAAUAGAAUACAAAUAGGAUUGGAUAGAGUUCACAUCGAAUGCCAUUGCGAUAUAUACGUAUUUUCUGACAAUGGUACAACAUAUCGCAGCAUUUUUUGGACAGGCAUAGUGUUUGGCGAUUACGAAUUUUGGAAGCCCCGAGUUGACAACACCUGUAUUAUAAACCUGACAAAAUUGCCAAAAACUAAUCUCGAAAAUACUUUCACAAUCGAUAUGCGAAUCCCCGAUUCGAGUAACAUAGGAUACCGCUUUCAUUACUCGUGGAACCAUAAUAAGGCAGUGGCACAAAACAACGAUCUGAUGGAAGAAAUCAAAUCCAAACUUCCAUCAGUAUUGCUCGAAAAUAUGAAUCAUAAUGAAAAACUGAUACAAGCUUUAAACAACAGUUACGGUUUCCGUCCAAAAAGACAUCUCUUAGCAAAACGAAAAAAUUUCUCGCACAACGAAUAUCAAUAUCACUAUCGGAUACCGACUGCUAAAUAUUUCUGUUUUAAAUUGAUCAACAUCUCCAUCUCGGGAAUGUCAAAUUUUCAAUCAUUGAAGCACUACCGUUCCCCUGAUAAGAAGCCCAUUCAUACUUUGUGGAUUAAAGACAUCCGAGGAAAUGCGACUUUGGAUUACGGACGUGAAUCGGAGUCUCCUUUAGAGCUGAAUUUCCACGCCGAAUAUCUCUCAAUAUCGAGGGAUAGGUUUACCGGGGGUUAUUAUGGCAGAGGAUUCAAAGUAGCUACACAUUGGGCUUCUGUCAGUCGUGCAAAAGAAGACAUUCCAUUGACCAUCGUUCAUUCAGAGUGUAUAUGGCGGAGUAUUGAAUCGGCCCUCGCCUUUUCGUUGAAGCCAGAAUCGAUAGUGGAUGAAAUGGAAACUCCACUGAAACCGAAGUGCUCUGAAAUACCAUCAUCAUUGAGCUGGGAAGACAUGAAGCAAUCGUACGAAAAAUGGAUUCCAUUCAAUGAUGACUAGUCAAUUUCUUAACCUAAAGUACCCUUUUGUGUGCUGUUUUUUCUUACGAUGAAAAUAUAUUUUUUAAACGAGCAAAGAAUUUGCAGAAAAUCAUAAUCCUGAUACAUACCUACUCGAAUUGAAAAUGGGAAAAAAUCUUGUUGAACUUGUGAUAAAAAAAAUAAAAGGUUUCGUGAAGAAUAAGCUGUCAAAAAAAACGGAAAAGGCCCCUGAAGUGUCCACCUUUGAUUUGAACAGGAUCGAGAUUUUUGAAAAGAACGUGGCCUGAAACCGGCAUAAUCAAAAUUUCAGCAAUCCAAAUUGAUUUUAAAAUUUUUGAAUUUUCAAAAUUGACCAAGUAUAUUUUCAGCAAGUUUAUGCUUUUUAAAAUAAGGUUACGUAUAAUUAUUCAGUAAAAAUGACAGAAAUUUGUCCUGAAAUUAAUGCCAAUUAUCUCGAAUCGAAUUUCAUCAUUUCUGGCUAUCCUGGAGAGCUUCCAGCGUGGAUUUUGAUUUCUCUAGAAUGACGUGGAAAUUAAUUUGGAUAGCAAUAAAUCAAGUAGUGGCUCAUUUUCGAACUACAAAACGGGUUUAUCCACAUUUAGCCCGAUAUUCAGGCGAACACUUCGAGUGCUUUUUUUGACAAGGAUAUCUAGGUGGUACUUAUUUAUAAGGAAGUAUUCAAAAAAUCAAACUGUUCUGUUCACAGGAAAAUUGAUGAAAUUAAUUGCACGAAUACCUUUGACUCGUCUUAAACCAAUCCUCUAAAAUCUGAAUUUCACUGUUUCAAGACAUUCUGGAGCCUCCAGCACGAUUUUCGAUUUGUCCAGGAUUUUAAAAUUUCUCCAGAAGGUGUCAAAAUUAACUUGAGAAGCUAAACAUCGAGUUAUGGCUUACCUAUUUUCGUCCCAUACUUGUCGAUUUUAUCUGAAACGUUUUCAAGAGAAUAGACACCCUAUUUAAAAUUUCAAGGAAAGCUUGCUUCAAAAUUCAAAAUUCGACUUGGAAUGACUUUUGAGCGAAAAUUGAAUAAAUUGCAAAUGUCUUUUUUGGAAUGCUUCAAGAUUCAUGAAAACAUUAUACAUUUUUGGGAGAAGGAUGGGAUGAUUUUUGCUAUUAUUUGGUCAAUUGCGGAACACAUAUUGAAAUCGUUUAAAAAUAUGCCAGACUAUACUUUGGAGUUUUUCAAAUUUUCUAGAUAUCAUACUAUAUCAAUAACAAAUUCAACUGAUAAUUCACGAUACGAGAUUAUUACUGAUUUCCGGCACUAAAUACGAUUAUUUUCACAGAAUACAUUUGAAACACAAAUUAUUCUUCCAGAAACAACGUUCAUGAGCGGUUUUUCUCAUUUAAUACUCAAACGACAUGAAGUGCCAGAUAAAACUGUUAUUUUUUGUUCUAGUAUUUCUGACCAAAGAAAUCAUUCCGAUACGAGGAUCGCAUUCGGCAUCGAAAGAAAAUGACAUUACAAAACACCUGAGUCCAACUAUUAGCAAUAUAUUUAAAAGCGUUAGAAAUACGGCUGUGACUAAUUUUUUGGAUAAAAUACGCGUAGCAACUCAUGAUGAAGCGGCAAGGAGUCGUGCAGCGUACAGGAUACGUUGGGUGGCUACUGUACGUUUCACUUGACUCGCAGAUAAAAUCUGUAGACGGCGCAAAUAUAUACUCGCGCCGGCUACGUUGGUCGUUGACUUUGACGAAUUUUCUGUCCAGAAUAAUGGCUUCUUCGAAUACGACACGCGUGCUUAUAUUUAUAUAAGUGAAAUUUAUAUUUUUGAAAUACUAUUUAUAAAUUAUGUUGGUAAAAUACAGAACUACAAACCCCCCC